GCAAUAAAAGGCAGCUGUGUGGAGGAGACGCACAGGAGCAUCUGACCAGCGACUUUAAGGAGCUUCGACAGAGAGCCACUGACAGUUUAUUAAAAAAAAAUAAUAAUAAGAAGAAGGAACCUCAAUAUGAAGAAUCACAAGAAACUGCAGUAAGGAAGAUACUCAAGGAAACUAUCUAGCUCUAAUCUAGAAAGGUAGAAGUCAGUGUCACAGCAGCUGAUCUAACCGCUGAGGAUAGAGGAUUUUUGUGGGGCAUUUUCUUGUCUUCUCAUUUUCACAAAAAAAAAAAAAAAAUAGGAAAGAAAUGUCUCUGGAGGUGAAGGAGAAGACGCAGGUGCGACUGGUCUUUCUGGGAGCAGCAGGAGUGGGCAAGACGGCCCUGAUCCAACGCUUCCUCCAAGACACGUUUGAGCCCAAGCACCGGCGCACGGUGGAGGAGCUGCACAGCAAGGAGUACGACAUCGGCGGGGUCAAGGUCACGGUGGAGAUCCUGGACACCAGCGGCAGCUACUCCUUCCCGGCCAUGCGCAAGCUCUCCAUCCAAAGCAGCGACGCCUUCGCCCUGGUGUACGCCGUGGACGACCCCGAGUCCCUGGAGGCCGUCAAGACCCUUCGGGACGAGAUCCUGGAGAUCAAGGAGGACAAGAACACGCCGAUCGUGGUGGUGGGAAACAAGUCGGACCGGCAGACGGAGCGCCGGGUGUCCAACGAGGACGUGCUGUCCACCGUGGAGAUGGAUUGGAACAACAGUUACCUGGAGGCGUCGGCCAAGGACAACGUCAACGUGGUGGAGGUGUUCAAGGAGCUCCUGCAGCAGGCCAACCUGCCCAGCCGCCUCAGCCCGGCGCUGCGCAGACGCAGGGAGACCUUCCCCAAAGACCUCAACUUCCGUCCGCCCAUGAACAAGACCAACAGCUGCGUCCUGUCCUAAUGACGGCCCGGCAGGAGGAGGAGGAGAAGAAGUGUCCUGUGUCACGGAGGGACAGGAGACGAGAGCGCUCGGAGGAAGAGAUUAAA